CAUUAAUCAAAUAAACAAAGCUUGCUACUAAAACAAUAAGAGUAUCAAUCAGUUUACAAGAAUCAAAGACAUAAUAUCAUUUAACUAGAUCAACAAGAGAUAUAUAUUUGAAAAAAAUAAAUAAAUAAAUAACUGAGUAAUUAUUCACCAUCGUAAUUAAUUGUUUUAAUUCGGAUAACAUUCAAAAUACGAAUAACAAAAUGGAAGCAGGUUAUACAGUAGUAAAAAGAAAUACUAUUAUUUACGAAUGGAAAAUUCAAGAAAUUAAUUCAUUUAUUGAUACUUCCAAUACUUCUGAAGAAUCCAUUGCAUUAGAAUCAUCCAAGUUCUCGACAAGAGCUAAAAUACAAGAUUUUUGGAAGCUGGAGAUACAGUUUUCUGGUACAAAGUCAGAAAACAAAGAUGAAGUUGGCCUAAAUUUAACUUCUUUGAAUGGUAACCGCGAAGUGAAAACGGAAUAUUCAUUGUUUAUUUUAGAUAAUAAGAAAAAACAAGUGAAUAAAGAUAAACUAGUUAAAACUUUUGGAGCUGAUGAAAGCUGGGGUCUGCCAUUUAUAACGAAAGAAGAAUUAUUAAAUAAAGGAGAUGAAUUGUUGCCAGAUGAUAUUUUAACAAUAGGUAUAGAGCUUACGGUGUUUGAUAAUCCUGCUGUGAUUUCUACCAACGUGCCAUUUAAUAAAUCAAAGGCUCUUAUGGCUUGUGACUAUAGAGACUUGUAUAAAAGUAAAAUGGGAUCUGAUAUUGAGUUAAUUGUAGGAGAAGAAAAAUUUCAGGCGCACAAAUUGGUUUUGAUGGUACGCAGUCCUGUGUUUCGAGCGAUGCUGACCACCGAUAUGAGAGAAAACAGAGAAAAAACGAUCACUAUAAAAGAUAUGAAGUCUGAAGUAUUCAAGAGCAUGCUAGAAUUUAUUUACACUGAUAAAGUUAGUGAUUUAGAUGAUGUUGCGGAACAAUUGCUUGAAGCUGCAGAUAAAUAUCAAAUUCCUACGCUCAAAGAAAUAUGUACAGCAUCGCUUUGUAAGUCUGUGAUCAUCGAUAAUGCCUCCAGAUUACUCGCUUUAGCUUACUUGCAUAAUGCAAAAGAAAUGUUGGAGUAUAUUUCCAAUUUUAUUGUAAUUCAUGCAAGUCAUGUGGUAGAAACAGAAGAGUUCAAGAUGAUGAUAGAAUCGCAUCCGUCCUUGGGAUCUAUUUUAUUCGCCAAAUUUGCCGCUCCUUUUGAAAACAAAUAAUUUAUAACUUUUUAAAUUUUUAUUUGAAAAUUCUCGCACGAAGAUUGAAAACUUAUGUUACACGAACAAUUCGGUGAAGUUUAUGAAUAUUUAGAGUUAAUGAUAACGUACAUACUUUAAUUAAUUAUAAGGUUAUUUUUAUGACAUAUUAUAUAUAUAUAUAUUAAUCGUUUACGUAUUUUUAUAACAUUGCGUCAUAUAUGUUAAACCAAUGAUAAUUAAUAAUUACAAUUAAAAUACUUUUUACUAUGUUCCAGAAAGAAAGUUACUCGAAAUAGAAAAAUAAGUUUAUUAAUACCCAUUACAAUUAGUCAGUAAAUAAAUUCGUAACUCAAAUUACAAUUUCCCAUCUAAU